AUGCCUGUUUGUGGCAGUCACGGCCCGUUACCCUGCAAGAGCGAGAAGAAUGGGUUCCAAAGUAUGGAUUGGUCGUCCGUCCAGGAACAUCCUCCACGGCGACUCUGGGCCCAGCGCUGUUCUCGUACCCUGCUCCAUCUCUCUCUGCUGUUGCUGCUGUUGUUGCAGCUCCCCACUGCCUGCUCCUCUCGCAGAGAGAAGGGUGGAGGAGGAGGCGGUGGUGGUGCCCAGUACAUCCCUAUACCCCAGCCUCCACCACACCACAUGGCUCUGCCCAACAUCCUAAGUGGCCUCAGCAUUGCUGUUGUGCUUGUGGGCAAUUCCAGUGAGGUGGCGCUGGCCGGGGCUCGGGAGAAGGAGGAUUUCCUCCACCUGGCUCCUAAUGUGGAGGUGCUAACCAUGAACGAAACAGACCCUAAAAGCAUCAUUAAAAGCAUCUGUGACCUGAUGACGGAACACUGGCUGCAGGGUGUGGUAUUCGGAGACGACACAGACCAAGAAGCCAUCGCACAGAUUUUGGACUUUAUCUCUGCCCAGACGCAUAUUCCCAUCCUCGGGGUCCGCGGAGGUUCCUCUAUGAUCAUGGCUGCGAAGGUUGUGGGCCCUGCGCAGACAGAAGUCGAUCUGACAGAGAGGGGCCAGCGGCCAUCACUGUUGCUCUUCUCUCUGUUCUGUCUCAUCAAAGCACUAUAG